CUGCAAUGCGCCCAGCCGACGAUGGGUUGAUGUAUCUAAAGCUUGAAUUCAGCUUUUUUUUAUAGCAUUUGUCAGAGACCACAGAUAGGUCAGUGGGAAUGGGAUGGAGAAUUAACGUGACAAGAUGUUGGAAUCGCCACGAAAUCAAAAUAUCUACGCCAACUGCACACUGUUUAUCAGAUGGUUGAGCUUCCAGAAACUCAUCAGUUGUUGAGAGACACCUGCAGAGGGUUUGCAGAAAAAGAACUUGUUCCAAUUGCUGCGCAGCUGGACAAAGAACAUAAAUUUCCUACAGAACAGGUAAAGAAGAUGGGAGAACUUGGACUUUUGGCAAUGGAUGUGCCUGAGAAAUAUGGUGGAGCAGGAUUAGAUUAUCUGGCAUAUGCCAUUGCUUUAGAAGAGAUAAGCCGGGGCUGUGCUUCCACUGGCGUCAUCAUGAGCGUAAAUAAUUCUUUAUAUUUGGGUCCAAUUUUGAAAUUUGGUUCAGAAGAGCAAAAGCACAAGUGGAUUACCCCUUUCACAGAUGGAACUAAAAUUGGCUGCUUUGCCCUGAGUGAGCCAGGGAAUGGAAGUGAUGCUGGUGCAGCUUCAACCACUGCCAGGCUAGAUGGUGACAGCUGGAUUUUAAAUGGCACAAAGGCUUGGAUUACAAAUAGCUGGGAAGCUUCUGCAGCAAUUGUCUUCGCCACCACAGACAAAUCACUUAAACACAAGGGAAUAAGUGCUUUCUUGGUUCCUAUGCCUACACCAGGACUUUCCUUGGGAAAGAAAGAAGAUAAAUUGGGAAUUAGAGCAUCUUCCACUGCAAACCUAAUUUUUGAAGACUGCAGACUUCCUCGGGACAAUAUAUUGGGUGAACCAGGACUUGGAUUCAAAAUAGCCAUGCAAACACUGGAUGCAGGUCGGAUUGGUAUUGCCUCCCAAGCUCUCGGAAUUGCAAGUGCAGCCCUAGACUGUGCUGUGGACUAUGCAGAGAAAAGAAUGGCAUUUGGUUCACCUAUUUCCAAACUCCAGGCUAUACAGUUCAAAUUGGCUGACAUGGGCCUGGCGCUGGAGAGUUCUCGCUUGUUGACUUGGCGGGCAGCUAUGCUGAAGGAUAAUGGAAAAUCAUAUAUAAAGGAAGCUGCAAUGGCCAAACUGGCAGCAUCUGAGUCUGCAACAUCUAUUGCUCAUAAAGCCAUGCAAAUUCUUGGAGGUAUGGGCUAUGUAACAGAUAUGGCAGCAGAGAGGCACUAUCGUGAUGCCCGCAUAACCGAAAUCUAUGAAGGAACCAGUGAAAUCCAGCGCCUGGUCAUAGCCAGCCAGUUAUUAAAAGCAUACAAAGGUUAAGGGUGUCCUUGUGAACAAUCUGCUGACAAAAUUGAAAUUGCUAAAUUUAACAGCACUGAUAGACAGAAACUGAGAUCUAAUCCAUUGUUGAUACUCUGAUAAAAUGUUGAUAUCUCGAGAAUGGUGAAGUUUUGGUUUGUAAGUCAGAAACAUAUUUGUUAGGAUGCAAAGUAGGCUAAUCUAAGAUAUCAGAACGGUGCAAGGGAGCUCCACAGCCAGGGAUCACAUUUCAAAUGAAAGGAAAACAUGAACGGCUUUUCAGUAGAAAACUUCAGUGGUUUUAAACCCACAGCCUACCCUAAUUACUUUUCUUCCCUGCAAAGUGACCUGGUGUAUCUGUGAAUUUUACAUUGAGAUGUCAGGUGGGCUUCGUAGCUCAGUCCACAACUGUGUAAAGUUAUACCAAACCAGAAGGAAUCAGUAAGGGAGAUGAUUUCUAAUGUGAUCUAAAAUUAUAUGCAAGAUUAAAAGGUACGCUCACAGAAGUUCACUGAAUUUUUUGAGGCAGUCUUCUGUAUAAUCUAGAUAUUAUUAUGAUAUUCUGUCUAAUUUUUACUUCCUGCAUUGCAAAUACACAUCAUUUUAUAUUUCAUAGAAUGUUACUGGGUUCUUAUUGCUGUUUCACUCAGUAAAAAGGAGCUGGUAAACAUAGUUUUUUCCUUGAAAACUUUUUAAUUUGGUGUUCUUAUUUUACAAUUGAAAUCCUCACUAAAAUGUCAUUGAGUUCUCUGGUUACAGUAAGCACAUUAUUGUAAUUUCUUACCAGAAUUUGCUUCUGGAUCAGCAACUUAAAAAGAAGCUUAAGCUGUCGCAGAGUGGGUUAAUAAAAUCUAUAUAUUUAACAGGUAUGCAGAUCAUUUAAUUUAUGUACUUGUAAGAUUAAGCAACAUUUUUUAUUGCAAGUGCUUUGGGGUUAGUGGAAAGUGAUCUCAUUAGUAACCCUACCUAUGGGGCUUGAUUGAUGUUAGUACAUAGCUCUGAUGCCAGUAAUGAUGAACUAAACAGGUUGAACUCAACCAGGAGAGAUUUGUACCAGGAGCCUGAACCUGGAUAUAAUUUAAUAUGGAAUCGAUGCAAUCACCUGACAUGAGGUGUCUAAAGAUAAGUCAAAUGACAAUUCUUAUCCACGUGUUCAUUGCUGACUGAGGUACAAGAAGGUAGUCUUUCUACUACUCUCAGUAACGGAUUUAAUACAGUUGGAAAAUUACCUGGCAUCUGUGAUGUUUGAAGAUAAUUUCUAUGUGAGGAUGCUGGGGGAGCUGGAGAGUGUCCGUGAGGGUUUGGGAAAUUUAGAAGUUAGAGCAAGACAUCCCAUUUUACUUCAAGGAAUCUGGUCACCUUAUUAUCAUUUAACCCAGGCAUCAACAGCAGAGAUUUACAUGGUAAAACUUUGAACUCCAUGCUACCACUGAUACUUUCAGGGCAAAGAACGGAUGUUGAGGGUAACCAGAUGUUCCAGAGAAGCCUUCACAGCCUAGAUUGACACAGGCCCUGGUAUCUCUUCAAACAGGUCCAUGUAGUGCCUUGACCCUCACAGUUCAUUACUACAAGGAUGAGUACCACCAAAUGUGUAUUUUGUGAUGCUCUAAAAUCCAGACAAUUUUCAUCACUGACCAUGAUGUUAUCAACAAAUACUGCUCCAUAUACAGUUAAUACACAUAAAAGUUGCUGGUGAACGCAGCAGGCCAGGCAGCAUCUGUAGGAAGAGGCGCAGUCGAUGUUUUGGGCCGAGACCCUUCGUCAG